AUGUUAUAUGAACUCGAAUUUAAUCCAACUAAGCACAGGUCCAUUGUUACCGGAUGCUCUUACAUUCUCACCGUCAUCACCUUAUUUCUAAUAUACUCAGGUCUUCGGCAGUAUCAACUGUGGUAUAGACGUUCAAAGCAAAAAGCCCAUGCCGUAGGAAAAUUCAAUUCACCCAUUUUGUCCCGUACAUACCGGUGGGGCCGUUGGCUCAACCAUUCUGUUCGAAUCCCUCUCCUGUCGCCCAACAUUGAUGCUAAAAGCCUGUUGUACAUCCUACUGCUCAUAGUAUUUAAUGCUGUUUUCAUUCUGGAAAUCCCCAUUCCCGUCUACACACAGCAGAGACUCCCUUUUGUCAACUUUUACUACGCAGGCUUACGCUGUGCCAUUCUUGGGGUGGCUAACAUCAGUUUGGCGAUAACCUUGGCCACACGGAACUCCAUCAUCAAACUAAUUUCGACAAAAUCAUUUGAUGAGGUGAUGCCACUCCAUCGCUGGCAUGCUACUAUGGGUCUGACAGAGAUCGCAAUUCACGUUUCGACACAACUUUACGGCCACUUCCCAUUAUUUCAGACAGGCACAUUCUUCAUUGCUGAGAAUGGAGACUUGAUCUCAGGGUUCAUGGCAACCAUUGGUCUUCUAUGUAUCUUCCUUGGAUCAAGAGACUAUAUCCGCCGAAGAUACUUUGAGGUCUUCUAUAUUUCACAUGUGUUCGGCAUCUUGCUAUUCAUUGGCGCUGGGUUCACUCAUCAAUAUGCUGUCAUUAUCUUCGUCGCUCCAUCUGUUUUCCUUUACUUCAGCGAUAGGAUCAUCCGCGCCGUGCGAACUUGGACGUCUCCUACAAAAAUUAUUGACGUUUCAGCAUUCAGUCAAAAAGAUAUUACGCAAAUUGUAUUUGCAAAGGAUGGUCUCUAUACUAAAGCGCAUCCCGGCCAGUUUGUGUUCGUUUCUCUCAAUGAUGGAACUAGACUCAGUCGGUUUGUGAACUUCUUUAAUUGGCACCCGUUUACUCUCUCGGAAGUAUUCUAUCGUAAUGUUAGCGAAGUACUCGACCACGACAAGGAAACAGCGACUACAACCUCACACCAUUACAACGACAUUGACUCUGAAAUUGGAAAACGUACAUCCGUAGUAAAAAAAGAAGAUGGUCCUCUGAAAGCGUCUGUUCACAUCAAGAGUCUGGGAAACAUGACCCGUAGGUUACAUUGUCAAGCCAGCAAUGAGCCCCAGCGUCUUAAAAUGAGAAUAGAUGGUCCGUAUGGGUCGACAGCAACAGCUUUGGAAAUGAAUCAGGUCGUGACUUUCUUCGAAGCCGGCAUCGGUAUUACACCUUCGCUUACUAUGUUCCGCGACUUGGUUGAAAAAUGCGCUCAUGAUCCUUUAAUGGUUCACACGACACACAUCUAUUUCAUUUGGGUUACAGCUAGCAUAGAAAUCGCGCAAAUUUUCAUUCCCCAAUUAUUACAGUCCGUUCAUAUUGCCAAUGGUGCAGUUAAUCCUCCCAAAAUUACCUUCCAAUUAUACCUGACGACACGUUUGCCCAUGGGGAUCUAUGAAAAUCCUUUGCCUCACUGUGAUGUGAUCCAGGGCCGGCCGAAUUCACUAGACAUUGUGUCUAGAAUUGAUGACGACCACCUGAAUUCAAGUAUAGCAGCUCAAGUAUGCGGACCUGCAGAUUUCAUGCGUGAGGUGAACAACUCCUGUAAUGCUAGAGGAUGGAGAGUUCGUCAAGAGACUUUUGAAUUUUAG